UGAAGAGAUUGUAGUGUGCUGCAUGAAUGAUUUUAUUAGUUCCAAUUGACUGAGGUUGACUAAGGCUUUGUUGUUUUGUUCAUGUAACAAAAUAUCACCUAGUUAUCAACUAUCUAGCUUAUCACGUUUUUAAGUAUUCUUGUAGAAAACAUCACCAACAAACAAACAUGUAGAUGUUAGAGAUGAAAAUUAAGUUUCAAAUGGAAGAAUUUAUGUAAUUUUCAACUUGCCUGACAAAUGCAGGUUAGUGAAAUUCACUUUUAGAAGAGUCCAAAAUGUUAAACACCAUGUGCCAAAGAAUAUGAAAACAGUGACGGUCUCCCAUGAUCACAUGUCAACUUUUCUUAUGUUGGACAUCACUAAAUAUGCCAAGAUUUCACUUCCAAGAAUGGCAGACCUAUUGUAUGGGUGUGGCCCAUAUCUGUAUGAUGGCACAUUUUUAUAAUGAUGGCUGCUCACAGAAGUACCUAGCUGUCACUUCCCUUCUAUAUAAAAAACUGUUUAGAAAUAGAAGCACCCACUUUGCUGGAUAUGUAAUGCUAGAAUUGUGUGCCUAUGUGGUAUAAAGUCAAGUGAGUUGAGAUUACACAAAUUUUAUGUCUUUUUGUAUGUGUGUGUAAUUUGUAUAUAAACAAAAUAUAGGAAGACGGCUGAACUGCUUUGGACGCCGUCAUGAUACCUGUAUUUGUAAUAUUCGACAUCUCUUCCAUGUUACCAUUUUAUAAACUGCCUACAUAGUUGCCAAACUUGAUUGGAGAAAAGCUACUAUCUUCUUCUUACCUCUGAAAGAAAAAUGAUUCACCAAUCCGAGAAUCCCUUACAACUCCCUGUUUUAGAUGUUUCACAACCAUUACAUUCAGCAUCUUUGUCCUCUCUGGCUGCAGCCUGCCAAGAAUGGGGUUUCUUUCAAAUUAUCAAUCAUGGAAUCUCCAAAGAUCUCUACAGCAAAAUCUACUCUCUUUCGAAAAAGAUUUUCUGCCUCCCUUCCGAGUCCAAACUUAAACUAGGCCCUUUCUCAUUGCUCAAGACUUACACCCCUCAUUUCAUUGCAUCUCCUUUCUUCGAGAGCCUUAGAGUGUCAGGACCAGGCUUUGCUGCCUCUGCACAAAGGUCAGCGGAUGUCCUCCUCAGUGAACAAGAUUCUGAGUUCAGUGAACUACUGCAAGAAUAUGGGGGUAAAGUUACUGAACUAUCAAAGAUGAUCCUUAAGUUUGUGCUGAUGACUCUAGGAGAUGGAUACGAGACAAAAUAUGAAUCUGAGUUCAAGAACUGCCAUGGAUACUUGAGGAUAAACAACUAUACCCCUCCUGAGAACUUAGAAGAAGAAGAAACCGAGGGUCUUGGAAAGCAUACUGACAUGAGCUGUUUGACAAUUGUAUAUCAAGAUGAAAUAGGAGGGCUUCAAGUGAGAUCAAAAGAUGGAAAAUGGAUGAACAUCCUUCCAUGUGAAGGAACCCUUGUUGUAAAUAUUGGAGAUAUGUUGCAGGCCUGGAGCAACGAGCGGCUCAGAUCCUCCGAGCAUAGGGUGGUCUUCAGGAAGCCCUUGAACCGUUUCUCUCUAGCUUUCUUUUGGUGCUUUGAGGAUGAUAAGGUGAUCUUAGCACCUGAUGAAGUGGUAGGCCAAGAACAUACAAGGAUUUACAAGCCAUUUGUUUGUUUGGAUUACGUAAAGUACCGGGAGAGCAAUGAGAAAGGUAGGUUUGAGAAAGUCGGGUUUACAGUUAAAGAUUUUGCCGGAGUUGUUGGAUUUCCAAUGCCAAAGUCAGAAAAUGGAAGUUAGUUCUUCUAUAGCAUUAUUGUACAGCUGCAAUGAUAAAGUUCUUCAACCAUUAAGCUAUAGGCCUAGAGGUGCAAUAAAGACUUCUAUGAUAUGGUUUGUGAAAGCAUUUUGUCUUUAUAUGUAAUACUAUAUUGAUUUUUAUGUUCUUGUUCAAUUUGCUGAGAUUGAGAACAAUGUGCAAGAGAAUGAAGGUGGUUGAGGUUCUAGGGCUUUGACCUUUUAGUUAGGAAAGCAUUUGGACAGUUGGAAUUCCAACUUCCAACUUGGAAGAUUUCUGAAAUUUAGUAUUGUGUUUUUUCUGGUUUUCUAUGUAAAUGCAAGGUGUAACAUAUUAUUUUAUGAGUUUAUGCACCCAGGCUAAUGCUAGAAGGAUUCAGAGGCAAUGCUUUGUCAACUUAUGAGUUAUUUUGCUAUCACAUGGAACCUUUUAAAUCAAAUCCAUC